AUGUACACCCUGUUGUCCGGGUUAUAUAAAUACAUGUUCCAAAAGGAUGAAUACUGCGUGCUGAUUCUGGGGCUGGAUAACGCCGGGAAGACGACCUUUUUGGAACAGACCAAAACCAAGUUCAGCAAGAACUACAAGGGGAUGAAUCUGUCAAAGAUCACCAGCACUGUGGGCCUGAACAUCGGCACCAUCGACGUGGGCAAAGCUCGCCUCAUGUUCUGGGACCUGGGCGGCCAGGACGAGCUGCAGUCUCUGUGGGAUAAAGUGAGUUCCAGAUGA